AUGCGCGAUUCGGAUAUCCACUUACAGCGUCCCACUCACAGCGUCCCACUCACAGCGUCCCACUCACAGUUCAUCGCUUCCAUGACACCAUCGCCUGUUUCUGCAGCUGGUGAGACAUCCUGGCACACUUGCCGCUUGACAGACGCGCCACAAAGCUCGACAUGGCCAGAUGGCUAUCAUGUGCGAUGGAGAGAGAUUGCCAUGGGACAGAUGGGAGAUUGGCAGAGCAUGCAGAGCAUGCAGAGCAGAACAGAGCCAGUGCAGUUCCCAGCAUCGCACACUACACCCAGUGGAAGAAGCAUGGGCAGUCUGCGCCACGUUGGUGACGAGCAGGCCGACUGUAGGACGAAAUGGGCAAGGAGCGGCUUCCUAGUAGCAGUACCGGUACCCUCCUUGCUCAUUUCUCUGGUCGGGGGGGUUCCAGGCCGCAGUGAAGCAGCAAGCGUCCAAGGGUGCAACCACUACCCCAUCUAUUUUCAACCCACCACCCGCCCCCGUCUUCUGCGCCCUCGUCCCCACGACCGCAGUCGAGCACAGCUUCUCUUCUGGACUCCUGUGUUCUCGUCCAUGUUCGCCUCACUCCUGCGGUCCAAGAAGAGCCAGCCAUCGGAAAGCACGCCUCUGCUUGCGGCCCUCAACAGAUAUCGCAGUCGCCAACAUGGAGAGCCCUCUGAGCCAGACGAGUCGCCAGGACUAGAUCAGUACGAGGACGAGGACGACGAGGAGAAUUUUGACCGCCGCCGCCACGAUGGACCUCUGCUUCCAGUCUUCUCAUCUGAACUUCUCGGUACACUCACAAAGCACUCCUGGACUACCCACACUCAGCUAACGCACUGUACAGACCGACUGCCCAUCUACAGCACAACCCACGCCAUCCGCAUAGUACUCGUGCAGCGAUGCGAGACGACGCUCUCAUGGGACCAAUUACGGUCGCCCCAGGUCUCCCAGUUCCUCGUCAAGCCAAUUCAGCAGCAGAUUCGCUCAGACCAUUUCUCGCGUGGCGCUCUCUACUGCCUGCUCGCAAACUGCCUGCAGUUCAGGAAGGAGGCCGAGGAGAAUCCUGGGAAUAUGGGCGUGAGCAAGACAAGAGCACUCAUCUGUGAGCUGCUGGCUAUGCGCCUGCUGAAGGAGUUUUCGACACGGGAAAUGAUCGAUGCGCUCUCCUACGACUUCGAUCCACUGCAGGGUCUGCAGGCGCAGAGCAGGAGCAACAACACCCCCAACUGGGCGCGGCCAGCACUCCGCUCUGCGCGCAUCUCGACGCUCGAAAUUGCCAUCCGCGCCCAGGCAAAGAAGUUUCUCGCCCACCCACUGGUCGUCCGUCAAUUGGAAGCCAUCUGGGCAGGAACCAUUGUCUUCCACUCCGCCGCGGACAACCUCCAUCGCAAACCCGACUCUCCUCAAGGACGCGGUUAUGAUGCCUUCGACAACAACAGGUCUCCCAGGGCGGGACCGUCCCGUCGUCUCUCGCCCACGAAAUCGCCAGCUCCACUUCCGCCUACCGCACUGCUCAGAAGAACCGUCACGCUCUACGACCCCCAUGACGCCUCGCUGUUCAAGCUGUCGCGUUUACGUGUACCCAGAUACCGCAAUCUCUUCUCGACCCUGUCUUACGGCAUCAUGCUGGGCCUGUUCUUGGCCGUGCUUGCAGAAAAGUCUGAUGAUAUCACCGGCUUGGAAGUCCUGUUCUGGUUCUGGAGUGCAGGCUACAUGUUGGACGAGGUCGUGGGCUUCUCGGAGCAGGGCUUUGGGCUCUACAUUAUGAGUGUUUGGAAUGCCUUUGACCUAGGCAUCCUCCUCAUGUUCAUGGCCUAUUAUAUCCUGCGCCUAUACGGCAUCCUUAUGCCUGACGUGAGUCGACACCGAGUUGCGGCCAUGGCGUAUGAUGUCCUCGGUUCAACCGCUGUCCUGCUUUUCCCGCGCCUUUUCUCGGCUCUGGAUCACUACCGCUACUUCUCUCAGCUGCUCAUCGCAUUCAAGAUGAUGGCGAUGGACCUCGUGGCGAUCCUCGUAUUGAUCGUCAUCAGCUGCAGUGGUUUCUUCGUUGCAUUCAGUCUUGCGUUCAAGAGAGAUCUUGGCGCAUCAGAUGCCGCCUACGCCAUCUUCCAGCUAGUCAUGGGUUUCACGCCAGCUGCGUGGGACCUGUGGCCGGAGAUGAACAUUCUUGGAAAGAGUUUGCUUGCACUGUUCCUGUUCAUCUGUCACUUCCUCAUCGUCACCAUCCUCGUCACAGUACUGACUAACUCCUUUAUGGCCGUUGUCAAGAAUGCCGAGGAGGAGCACCAAUUUCUGUUUGCUGUCAAUACGAUCUCGAUGGUCAAAUCGGACGCGCUAUUUUCAUAUAUUGCUCCGACGAACAUUAUCGGGUGGCUUCUCAUCCCACUCAAGUACACGAUGUCAUUCAAGAAAUUCCUGCGCAUGAACCGCCUUGUCAUCAAGCUGACACAUAUUCCCAUCCUGUUCAUCAUCUUCGUUUACGAACGCGUGCUACUUUCGCAUCUUGCCUACGGACCGACUGACCUAGUCGAAAGGAGAGGUCGCUCCGAUGACAAGUCCCCUAUUCCAGCGUUCAGCAUUCGUGGGCCAGUGGAUUUGUUCAGUCCCCGGCUGCGAGAGCCCUCGGUGACCACAUUCCACAAAGAUCGCGCACUCGAAGAGGUCUUUCGUCGGCCGUAUCGUGACGCGAGCAUACGAACGCCAUCACAACAGUACCCUACCGGCCGGAGGAAUUCCGGGGAUGUGGUGGCAGACUGGAUGAAGAGAAUGGGUGAUGAUGAUGAAAACGAGCCACCGCAAGAUGACUCUCGAUCAGUCCUAGACCGACUCGAGGGGCGCAAGCGUCCCUAUCUGCGGCGUAGCAAGACAUCCGGGCUUUCCAGGCGCAAGCACCCUCUUGCAAACCGGACUGUAGUAUCAGACCCUGAUGAGAACUUUAUAACCUCUUUUACUCGACCUAUCGCCGAGGAGGAAGAGCCUGACCUGAGCAUGGAGAUUCCUCAGCAAACUGACGCUGAUGGAGACGACGAGGAUGAUCAUGCAAGCACAGAUCAUAGAAGCACUCCAACAGGCGACAUCUUGGUAGCCAAGGAGAACAAAAGGCCUCAGACUGGAUAUCAGUCUUCAGAUGAUGAUUUGUUCCGCACUCCAAUGACGGCCAUUCCCAAGUCACGAGCAUCCCCGCCUCGCGUUGUGGGCUCCCCAUCCCAGUCCAGCCUCAAGGGAGUUGUGCCUAUUUCACAAAACAAAAAGGUCCUGCGGACUAAAACGGGCCAUGCUCGCAACGCUUCAAGCAGCACUGUGCUGUUCAGUCCAACCAAAGACAGCAUGAACUCAUCACGGCCAACGUCUCCCGAGAAGCGCCCGAAGACGGGUACACGCAGUGGCACAGCGACGGGCACAGCAACACCACGCUUUGAUGGAGCCAUCAUGAGCGGUGUUCGGACGCCGAAGCGCGGCCCUGGUCCUCCAGCUGCUGCAUCGCGCCCCCGCACCAUCAUGCCACCACGAGAUUCUGGGCGUCAAGUACCCAACAUGGCAACGUUCCUGGCACUCAAUCAGAGAGAUCGAGCACCCUCUUUCAACGCCGUGGCUCUGGAUCUGGCAUCGGAUCUUGGGGAUAACAAUCUCAAUCCGAACUUUGGGAACCUGGAUGCAUUGGCCUUGCCCGCCUCCUUUACCACGCAGUUUGAAAUGGCGGCACGGAUGAAGAAGGCGCGCGAACAGCAAAAAGGCAGCGAUGUUGAUUCUGAUUCGAACCGCAUGAGCCGGAUUAUGCUGGCCAGGAUGACGACGCUCGAGGAAGGGUUUCGCGACAUGCUUCAGGAGGUCAAGGGGCUCAAGACGGGCGAGAGUCAGAUGGGAAGUCGUGGAAGUCCGACUCCUCCGAAUGAGCUGGCGAAGCGAAAAGGCAAAGCGAAGAAACGGCCCAGUAAGCGCAACAGCGGAGAUGAGCGGUUGGGAUCGAGUCUUUGA